ACCGAGAGCGGCGCCUGGCAACAGCAAAAGGACGUGAUGACGUCCUCUCCAGAUCACGUAUUAUGGGAUGUGCGGAAUUAAACAACCCAGGAGGAGGACGAGGGGGGGAAACCCAAAAAAAUAAAACAACAACAAGCGCGGCACGGAUCGUGCAUGGUGAAUCAUGGAGCUGUCGGCUGUCGGCGAAAGCGUCUUCGCCGCCGAGUCCAUCAUUAAGCGGCGGAUCAGACGGGGUCGUUGGGAAUAUCUCGUAAAAUGGAAGGGCUGGUCUCAGAAGUACAGCACCUGGGAGCCGGAGGAAAACAUUCUGGAUGAGCGCCUCUUCGCCGCCUUCGAGGAGAGGGAGAAAGAAAGAGAACUAUUCGGGCCGAAAAAGAGAGGACCCAAACCCGAGACGUUUCUCCUGAAGGCCAAAGCCAAAGAGAAAAACUAUGACUUUAGAGUGGAGUCUCCCAGAGGAAUCCAGGUUUCCUAUCCUGUCCCGGAGCCCAUCGUGACUCCAAGGGCCAGAGAGGGUUUACGCACCGUGGUUCCCACACUCUUCCCUCCGAGCGCGAUCAACCGAGGCGAAAGCGUCCACGUCUUCCCUCCCGAGCCGGAGAGGAGGCCCAGACCACCUCCUCCUCCUCACGCGGCUCCAGAGUCUCCACAUUUCCCUAAAAAGCGAGGACGCAAACCGAAGCAUCGUGUGCACCAUGAGAAACAUGACGAGAGCGCCGCAGAGGAGCCGGACGCCAAACGGAGGCUGCUGGAGGAGCCCACGGUGCCCCGGCGCGCCCAUCAUCGCGAGGAGGCGUCAGAACGCACGCUCAUCCAGCUGACCAAAAGGUUCCAGGAGGAGACAACCAUCACACCCAAACCCAGUAGCCAGCACAGACACGUAAAGGGCGCGAGGUUGUCUUACACCUGCGCCUUCAGUCCAGAUGUGCGUCAAAGGGAUCCGUACUGUCUGAGCAGGAUGCAGCAGAACGCACUGCGGUGCGCCGCGGAGGAGCGCAGGUUUCAGGAGAAGGAGCGCUGUGCGCUCCGGGAGCAAGCAAGUGUCACGUCACGGUCAGACCACAACUCAGCCUCCUGCUGGAGCCCCAGUUUCACCAACCUGGACAGCGUGACCGUGACUGACGUCACCAUAAACCUACUGACGGUCACGGUCAGAGAGAGCAGCACGGACAAAGGCUUUUUCAAAGGGGAGACAUAGAGGAGAGCGCCAGAACAAACAGGCCCACAGUCAUGCUUUAUUUUUUCUAGGUAAAAGUCAGACAUGUACAAACAUAUUUAAUACAAUCAUGAACAAAUAAUAAUAAAAAGAGAGGGUGAAGAUG